AUGAACUUGCCGAAUGAUUAGGACUUUAAUGGGCAGAAUCAGUAUCCACAAUCAUAGACAGCACAGCAGAUAAGUAGAAUUCAAUUUGGCAUUCCACCUGGCGCUUCAAGUACAGCAUCACCAAAGAGGGUUUCUAAUCAUUCCUAAAAUUAUCAAAAUGACAGUAGCUCAGCCUAGAGUAAUCAUUUGUAUGCAAGUGGAGGAGGAGUGAAUAACAUGAAUGCAGGAACAGGUCCUGGUCAUAUGAAGAAUAAUUCCAACAUGUACUAAACAACCGCAUCCAAGUAUUCAUAAGAUUCUAAUUCAAAGUCUUCCGCUAACUCUGCGUAAAACAACAACUUCAUUUAAAAUUAAGCAUAAAAUACUAAUAAAAAUCAUCUUACCAAGAAACAGAUUCAUCCAACACAUUAAAACAUGAUUCCCUAAAAUUCAGCCCAAAUGGUACAGAACUAACCAGGUUCUGCUUCAUAGAACAUUAAUGUAUUUUACAACAACCAGGUCACACCCAAAAAUAACAAGAGAAAUUUCUAGGAAUCCCUGUAAAAUACACUUACCACAAGCGGAGGGGUAAAAAGUGGAGUUUCUUAGUAGUCAGUACAGAACUCGAAAGCCAAGCCUAUCUUCAACCAUAACUAGACAAUAAAGACGAAUGGUGAUUUUACUACUGCAAGCAAUAAUGUGAGCCAAUCCACAUAAGUUGCUUCAUAAAGGAUUAUAACAAAUCAUCCAGUGAAACAGCAACUUCUACUGUAAAAUAUAAAGUUAAAAAGAACUUAGCAUGACAAUCCCUCAUUUGGAAGUGGGAAUGGUCUCACAAACAUAGUCUUAGAUAGCAGUGGCAGUGGAGUAUAGAACUACCAUAAUGGCAGUAUAGGCUAUUAGGAGAUGUACUCAUCAGAGUAAAUUAAAUAAAAUGUAAAUAGUGGCAUAAGUAAUAUAGAUGUGAGAUAUAUGAUCCCUUAAUCUGUUAAAAAUCAAUCAGACGCUCAAUUUUCGAUCUUUGCCUAAAAUAAGAACCAUGCUUAACAUCAACAGAAAAACAUUAAGAUUAUUAACAACCUUAUACAAGAAUAAAACAUGAGUAAGCCAUAUGAUAAAGAUGAUAAAUCGACCUCAGUUAGAUAAGAUUCAUCUAAAAGAUCUCAGAAAACGCAAGAUCGAAUUCAAAAUCUCAUCGACUCACCAAAAGAUUACUCUCAUUCUAAUAGUCUUCAAAGAGAAGACUACCAUAACAACUAAUAACUCUCACCUCAAUAGAAAGCCUUAAAACAAGAAGUCCUGCAAAAUUAAUAAAAGCUUUUCUAGAUUAAUAAUUAGUUUAUUGAUACCUACAAGGACUAGAAGUCUUCACAUAGGUCCAAACUUAUGAAGAAAAAUUACUCACUUACUUCUAAUAACGUUAAAAUUAAAUCACCUUAUAACACUAAGUUAGCUGGCAAUCAAUCUAAUUUAAUAAAAUUUAUCCACAACAAUAAUAAGCUCUAGUAGACUAUCUAGCAUCAUGCAAUGGGAAUAGGGUUCAAAAGUAGUGUGUCCAAUUAUCUAUAAUCGCUAAAUCAGACCUAGGAUCUGAAUCACUAAACUUUAUAAAAUCUAAAGCACCAGUAAACUCUUCAGCUCUAUUCAAAUGGCAAUCCAGUAGAUAUGUAUGCUCAGUAAUAGCUUUAAUAACUCUCUCAAGAAAACACUGAUACCAAUCAGUAUUAUUAUUAACUAAGCAAUCAUAAGAGGAAGAAUCAGUCUACUGAUAGGCGGCAUCUCAGUUCAUAGAAGAUAAUAGGAAGAAAUGGGGUAGCUUUAAGUAAAAGAGACUCCUCCAGUACUCAGAACAACAGAAAGUAAUCUAAUAAUGGAAAUAAUAAUGGCUCAUCAAAGAAAAUAAAUAAGAAAAGAGCUUAAUCUCAAGUUAAGACACCUAUGAUGCAAAGUUUAGAUGAUGAGCUCCAUCAACAAUAAAUACUAGAACAGCAAUUAAUUAUAAACAAGCUAGAAUAGCAGAUGAUUAUGUAGUAAUAAGAGAUUGAGGAGGCAAGACAGAGGCCUGAAACUAAAGAGAUUGGUAUUGACCUAUAGACAUCCUUUGAAAAAUAAAGGAGCAGCAAACUUUCACUCAAGGUUAAAUCCUACAGACAUGACCUCAAUUUGUUCAUUGAAAGAUUAUCUGCAAAUUCCUCCUAGGAAAAAGAUAAACUUAUUGAGGAAUUUUAGAAUUUCUUAAUGAAUUUAACUGAUGAUAAUAUGUUAGUUGAUCCAGAUCAUCCUCCACUUAGAGAACUUUUUAAGGAAUGCUUCAAGAUACAAAACGAGCAAAUAAAGAUAUUUUAGUCAUAAAAAUAGACCUAGCAAAAUAUUAGUCCCUCGGCUUAUGAGAUCUUAAAAUAGGAUUAUGACAAGCUUCAAAAAGAGAACUUAUUCACUAAAGAAAAGCUUAAAUUAGCAUAAGAGUUAUCAUAAUAACAGCGAAAAACAAAUGAAUAAACAAAGAAAAAACUAGAGGAGAGGGAACAGGUGAUUCUUUUGAUGUAAGAAACCUUUGAGAAGGAAAUAGAGAAUAUGUAUACUGAAAAUGACAUCAAGAAAUUCGCUCGUGAAUUGAAUGUGCUUUAUGAAUAGAAUCAAGAGUUACACAAGAUGAAUAAAAGAAUGAAGUAUGAGUUAAGAAUGGCUUAAGAGAGAGAGCAUUAAUUUAUUAAGAUCAUUAAGAAGUCCCCAGAACUAGUGAGAAUGCUAGACAUGGAAGACUCCAGCAUACUUGAUAACAAGGUGCCUUAAUACAAACCAAAGCCAUAGGAAAUAGCGCUAGUCAGUUCUAAGCAAGUGCCAAUCAAUAAACUGGAUCUAGACAAAGUGUUGGAGAUUCAAAAACUCUAGGCCUAGGGAUAGUUGCCGCCACUUGAAGAGUCAAAAAUCAUUGAUAAGAAGGAAAUGCGUGAAUAGGUGAAAGACAUGAUAAUACUAGACAAUGAUAGUGAGGAUGAAACAUCAAUGGUCAAGCAAGAAGAAUAAAAUCGAAAGAAGAACAAUAAUAUACUUAAGGGCUCAAAUGGCAUUGAAUAUGAUGAUGAGGACUACGGAGAUGAGAAUUAGGAUUAUGAUUCAGAGGGUGACGAAGAUGAUAUGGAGGCAGCUCUCUAUGGUCGAGAAAAUGAUGAAAUAAAGGAAAUCGUAGUUUAAAACACUGGAGAUCCUGAAAGUGAUGAUUACAUAUUUAUGACAUAGCAGCAAUAACCCAUCAAGAAUAAUAAUGGAGGAGGUUAGCAAUAGCAUUCAAAUCAAGCAAGAAAAUAGAACCGAUAAAUUAAACACAUUGAUGAUGAUUAUGAUGACGAUCUAUGA